AUGGUCGAUGUUAAACAUGUCGAAGAAAUGAUCUUGGAGGAUGUGGAAGCACACAAGGACUUCAUCGAAGCGGCCAAAGUUGUUGUGCUGUUCCUCGUUCAAUGGAUCUCUGCAGGAGCGAUGGUCUUCGGAGGCGUUGUUCCAUACAUUCCGCAGUAUAGAACUAUUGCUCGAUCGGGCAACACUGAUGGCUUCUCUCCUAUGGUCUGUUUCGUGCUGUUGAUGGCAAACUCUUUGCGAAUUCUCUUCUGGUUCGGCAAGCAUUUCGAGCUGCCUCUUCUGGCGCAGAGUUUCAUAAUGGUCGUGGCGAUGAUCGCGAUGGUCGAGCUCUGCGUCCGCGUCAGGUCAAAGCAAGAAACGGCAGCGAAGGAGCAUCAUUUCUUAGACUUCGACAUGCGAUACUUCUGGCGGUGGUCACGAUUCUCAGACUUUAUGCAGUGUAUUCUAUCGAUCUGGCUCACUCUUUCUUACGUAACUUGGCUAUUUCUAGGCUUCGCUUGGUACGUGGAAACGCUAGGAUUUCUAGCAGUCUUCAUUGAGGCGAUGAUAGGGGCUCCCCAAUUCCUCAAAAAUUACCAGAAUAAAUCCACAUUGGGCAUGUCUGUACAUAUGGUGUUAAUGUGGACAUCUGGGGACUGUUUCAAGACGAUGUACUUUGUCCUUAAUUCGGCGCCGCCGCAGUUUUGGAUUUGCGGUCUAAUUCAAAUCGGGGUCGACUUGUCUAUUCUCGCUCAAGUCUGGUACUACAGUAUUCCCAAAUACACGAUUUCGUACUCCAAGCCGCGCCUGGCUGCAUAG